AUGCCACUUGUUUUGUGGACAGUGUUGGCCUUAGGGGCUGCAAUCAGUAUCUCCAAGGAAGGGUCCCCUGAUCAAGCUUCUCUGUCUUGUGACUCGGCUGGUGUCUGCGAUGGCCGCUCCAGAUCUUUAAACUCCAUCCCCUCAGGGAUCACAGCAGCUAUGAAAAGCCUUGACCUGUCCUACAAUGAGAUCACCCGUAUCGGCAACAGUGACCUGCAGAGGUGUGUGAACCUCAAAGUUCUGAUGCUAAUGUCUAAUGGAAUUAACACAAUAGACGAAGACUCUUUUUUACCCCUGGGCAGUCUCGAACAUUUGGACUUAGCCUAUAAUCACUUAUCUAAUUUAUUACCCUCCUGGUUCAAGCCCCUUUCUUCCUUAAAAUUCUUAAACUUGCUGGGAAAUCCUUACAAAACACUUGGGGAAACAUCUCUUUUUUCUCAUCUCACAAAUUUGCAAAUCCUGAGAGUAGGAAAUACUUAUAACUUCUCUAAGAUUCAGAGAAAGGAUUUUGCUGGACUCACCUUUCUUGAGAAACUUGAGAUUGAUGCUUCAAAUCUCCAGAGUUAUGAGCCAACCAGUUUAAAAUCAAUUCAGAACAUAAGUCAUCUGAUCCUUUAUAUGAAACAGCCUAAUUUACUGCCCGAGAUUUUUGUAGAUCUUUUAAGUUCCGUGGAACAUGUGGAACUGAGGGAUACUAAUUUGAGGCCUCUCUGUUUUCCAGAGCUAUCCAUAAGUGAAACAAGUCCAUUGUUAAAAAAGUUUACAUUUAGAAAUGUGGAAAUCACCGAUACAAGUUUUAAUAAAAUUAUAAAAAUGCUGAGUUACGCUUCUGGAUUAUUAGACUUAGAGUUUGAUGACUGUACCCUUGAUGGAAUCGGUGAUUUCAGAGACUCUGACGCAUACAGAGUUGAAGACUCUGGUAAAGUAGAAACAUUAACAAUACGAAGUUUGCGUAUUCCAAAUUUUUACUCAUUUUAUGAUCUGAGUACUGUAUACUCACUCACAGAAAGAGUUAAAAGAAUCACGGUAGAAAACAGUCAUGUUUUUCUGGUUCCUUGUUUAUUUUCAAGACACUUAAAAUCAUUAGAAUACUUGGAUCUCAGUGAAAAUUUGAUGGUCGAAGAUCGGUUGAAAAAUUCAGCCUGUGAGGAUGCCUGGCCUUCCCUACAAACCUUAAUUUUAAGACAAAAUCAUUUGAAAUCAUUAGAAAAAACUGGAGAGACUUUGCUUACUCUGAAAAACCUGACUAAUCUUGAUAUCAGUAAGAACAAUUUUCAUUCUAUGCCUGAAACUUGUUACUGGCCAGAAAAGCUGAAAUAUUUGAACUUAUCCAGCACACGAAUACAGAGUUUAACUCACUGCAUUCCCCAGACACUGGAAAUUUUAGAUGUUAGCAAUAACAAUCUCAAUUCGUGUUCUUUGAUUUUGCCACAACUCAAAGAACUUUAUAUUUCCCAAAACAAGUUGAAGACUCUACCAGAUGCCUCCUUCUUUCCCCUGUUAGUAGUCAUGAAGAUCAGUAGGAAUACAAUAAAUACUAUCUCUAAGGAGCAACUUGAUUCUUUUCACAAACUGAAGACUUUGGAAGCUGGUGGCAACAAUUUCAUUUGCUCCUGUGAAUUCCUGUCCUUCACUCAGGAGCAGCAGGCCCUGGCUGAGGUCCUGAUUGACUGGCCAGAAAACUACCUGUGUGACUCUCCGUCCCACGUGAGGGGCCAGCAGGUUCAGGACACCCAUCUCUCAGUUUCAGAAUGCCACAGGGCAGCACUCGUGUCUGGCAUGUGCUGUGUGCUUUUCCUGUUGAUCUUGCUCAUCGGGGUUCUGUGCCACCGUUUCCAUGGACUGUGGUACAUGAGAAUGAUGUGGGCCUGGCUCCAGGCCAAAAGGAAGCCUCGGAAAGCUCCCAGCAGGGACAUCUGUUAUGAUGCAUUUGUUUCUUACAGUGAACGGGAUUCCUACUGGGUGGAGAACCUCAUGGUCCAGGAGCUGGAGAACUUCAAUCCCCCCUUCAAGCUGUGUCUGCAUAAGAGAGACUUUAUUCCUGGCAAGUGGAUCAUUGACAAUAUCAUCGACUCCAUUGAAAAGAGCCACAAAACUGUCUUUGUGCUUUCUGAGAACUUUGUGAAGAGCGAGUGGUGCAGGUACGAGCUGGACUUCUCCCAUUUCCGUCUCUUUGAUGAGAACAAUGACGCUGCCAUUCUUGUUCUUCUGGAGCCCCUUGAGAAAAAGGCCAUUCCCCAGCGCUUCUGCAAGCUGCGGAGGAUAAUGAACACUAAGACCUACCUGGAGUGGCCCAGUGAUGAAGCUCGGCAGGAAGGGUUCUGGUUAAAUCUGAGAGCUGCAAUAAAGUCCUAG